ACAAAAUACAAGAGAAAUUAUUGUUUAAACAAUUAAUUUAUUUACAUACAAUUUGUAAUUCAAUUGCCCUCGUGCUUUGCUUUUCGGGAAACUGUGAUUUACUUCUAGAGGUGUUUUUCGCAAACGCGUCGAUGUGUUGUGUUCGCCAGCGCGGCCACAGUAACAACAAAAGUGUAGAACGCUUGGCGAAGGGCGCAUUGGGAAGAGUGAAGUUUAUACAAAAGCCAAUAAAAUGGAAAAUCUAAAAAUCAGUGAUAAGUUGUUUGAUAAAGUAAUUUACUUUGUCGUUGGAAAUUUGGAUGAUGAGACUGAGAAGUUAUUGAAGAACGGCGGUGCACAAUCAAAGAAGUACCUGUGCGAUCAAAUUACACAUUUAAUAUGCGCUCCCAACUACUCCGAGGAGGAGCUGUCCAUGAACGUUGACCUCUACAAUGUGAUACCCGUGACAGAGCAAUGGAUAAUACACAGCGCCAAGCUGGGCCGCAUGGCCUCGACGCGUGCGUUCGAUCCCACCCAACCGCGAUUCUUGCGCGGCAUACGCGUUGCCAUUACCAAUGUAGUGGCAAGCGAUCGACGUCGCCUUUCGGCGAUGCUCACAUACCAAGGUGCUGUUGUUACGCACAGCUUUGGGGCGACAAACACACAUCUUGUGUGCGGUGCUGCCACUGGUGGCAUUUACUCGAAAGCGCUGGCGCUCCCCAAGAAUGCUAUAAGCAUAGUAACCCCCGACUGGGUUACGGACUGCCUUAAGUGUCAGACUAGUUUGCAAUGCGAUCCGUACCAUCCGCGUCUUCUUAAGCCUGUGGAGAAAUCGCGCGCACUAAAGGCUACAUCGGCGCAGCAUCAGCAACAACAACAGCAGCAGCAGCAACAACAGCAGCAUCAGCAGCAACAUAUAUUGCAGCAAUCGAGCUCAUCAACCCUUUCGGACAUACUCGGACUAGCGGAAAGCUUGCCAAGUGGGAGCAAAGUUGAUGACAGUGCGGCAGCCAAAAGCAUUGCUAGCAUCAAAUCGCAAUUGCAGGCAUCGGCAGAGCGGGUUACUAUGGCAGCAGAACAACAUCAGCACCAGCAGCAACAACAACAGCAGCACUUAUCCAUGUCGGCACAACAACAAGUCGUGUUCGUUCGUCCACGUAACUUGCAGCAGCAGCAACAAUUACAGCAGCAGCAUCAACAACAGCAGCUUCAGUUGCAACAACAGGGUGCACCGCAGCAACAAAUCAUUAUACAACAACAAAAAAUCAUACCAGCCAAUAUGCUGCAACAACAGCAGCGUCAAAUGAUGAAAAGUCCACAACAGCAGCAACAGGAUCAGCAACAACAACAACAGCAGCAACAACAGCAGCAGCAACAACAGCAGCAGCAACAACAACAACAGCAGCAGCAACAACAGCAGCAAUUUUUACCUCAACCAAGAUUACCUACAACACCUAACAUGGUUCAACCGCCUGCACCGCCACGCACGCCACAACCAUCGCCGUCGGGUCGUCAAACACCGCGCACGCCACAACCUUCGACCACACCACAACCCCCCCUGACGCCAGUUCAAUCGCCACAAGGAAUGGCCGGACAGCAGCAAGGUGCACCUAUGACGCCCCAGCAGCAACAACAGCAACCCAUCCAGCAACUAACACCACAGCAACCACAACAACAACAGCAACUGCAACAACCUCAGCAAGUGCCGCCACAAGUGUUGCAACAACACAUAAUACGCCAACAACAUAGACUACAGCAACAACAAAUGCAACUAGAACAACAACUGCAACAGCAAAUACAAAGCGGGCAAAGUGUGACGCCGCAACAGCAAAAUUUGCAACGUCAGAUUCAGCAUCAACAACAGUCUCUUAUUCAACAGCAGACGCAGCUUCAGCUUCAUAUACAGCAGCAACAACAACAACAACAACAGCAGCAGCAACAACAACAGCAGCAACAAUCACCACGAAUGGUGCAAAAUAGAUCGCCAAUAAUGACACCAAACACACCCACAUCGUCAAUGCAGCAAGUUGGUCCCAAUAUGGGAGCUGGCACACCAUCGCCGUCCUAUCAACAGCAGCAACAACAGAACAUGGGUGUCGUCAUGCCACCUAGCACGCCAUCACCAUCGUUGCAGCAGCAACAACAGCCGAAUAUGGUGGCCGCUAACAUGUUGCCACCACAGUCGCCCCGCCAGCUGCAAUCGCCAGCACCUCAGAUGACACCACCACCACCGCCAUCGCCGCAAAUGCAGCAGCAACAACAUUUACGUCAGCAGAACCAACAAAAUCGUCAACAGCAGCACAUGAUGGGCUCGCCGCAGCACCAGCAACAACAGCAACAGCCUCCGCAGCCAAUGAUGUCGCCACAACAGCCUUUUCAGCAGCCCGUGCAUCAGCAACAACGCAUGCAGCUGCAACAGCAGUUGGCACAGCAACAGCAGCAGAGUCCCCAACACAUUUCAGCGCCUCAAUCACCACAAAUUUCACAAACACCUCCCAUGCAAACCAAACAGCAGCAGCAACAGCCGCAACAACAGCAAUCCUAUGCCCAACAGAAACCAAUCGAUCCCACAGAUCCUGUUCAGGUGGCGCAAGUGCUAAGUCGCUCGGCACUUAGCUCAAAUCAGGACUCUUUGAUAAUGCGACAGCAGCAGCUCAAGCAGCAACAGCUACUCCAGCAGCAGCAGCAGCAACAACAACAGCAACAAGGUCUCCAGCAACAGCAGCCUAUGGCACAACAACAACAACAGCAGCAGCAACAACAACAACAGCAGCAGCUACAACAACAACAGCAUGUGCCUGCAGCUCGGCAAUCUCCUUCAACUGCACAGCCACAGCAGGCGAUCCAACAGCAGCAGCAGCAGCAACAACCGCCACAGCAACAUGUGCAGGCACAACAGCAAGUUAUCACACAACGGCAUGUGAUCAAUACAUCGACGGCGCAAGGCCAGCAAAUUAUACAGAGCCAUAUGAUGAACAUACAACAGCAGAAGCAACAGCAGAUCUUGCAAUUGCAGCAGCAACAGCAGUUGUUGCAACAGCAGAAAGCGGGACUAGUGGAAUCGCAGCUACAGCCGCAACAGCAACAAACGGCGGCGGCACAACAAGCACCGCCACAGCAACAUCAACAGGUGCAGUUCACUCAGCAGCAAAACAUAGCGCUAGGCAGUGGCGGGCAAGUGAGAAUUAUACAGCAAACUAUACAGCCACCGCCACAACAGCAGCCCCAGCAAGUUCAACAGCAAUCGCAAGCAACUGCACAGCAACAGCUUGUGGGAAACUUUCAGCAGCAGCCUCAACAGCCCAUGCAGCCGAUGCAGCCGCGAUUCGCCAGACAAUUGGGCCUAAGGACCGGUGCCGAAACGGAAGAGGAACAAGUGGCGCUGGUUAAGGAUGCAUCAGGAGCGUGGAAUAAGCAGCCGCUGCAACCGCAGCAACAGCAGCCCAUGCAGCCGCAAAGUAAAAAGUUUAUUAUAAGUCAGCAGCAAUUCAAUCAACUGAGCGCGCAGCAACAGCAACACAUAUUGGCACAGAAUCAACAGAAUCAAAAUGUGUUCAUUGUAAAUCAAACGAAUAUAUCGCAGCAACAGCAGCAACAAAUGUUGCAACAGAAUACCAAUCCGCUGGUACUGCAGCAACAACAACAACAACAGCAGCAGCAGCAGCAACAACAACAGGUGCCACAACAAAUUCAACAUCAGCUAAUAACGCAGCAACCGCAACGAUUGCCACCGCCAGCGCAACAACAGCAGCAACAACAUCCCAUUGUGAUCAAUCAACAACUUAUCAACGAUCCACGUUUGCAAUAUCUGCAACAGCAGCCACUUGUGGCACCUCCCGUGCAACAGCAGCAGCCGCAACAGCAACAUCCGGCAAUCAUGCAACAAGUGCUGAUAAAGCAACAACUUCCACAGCGUACGCCGCCGCCCCAAUCGCCACAGUCACAGCAGCAACAAUCGCCACAGCAUCACGCGCAAAUGCAACAACCCCACUGGUCGCCACAAAGUCCGGCGCAAGCGCAGCUUCAACCGCAGCAGCCUACCACACCCGGCACCCCCACCAGCACGGCUGGUAUGCAAGGCAUGCAAUCCCCAUUGUCUGGCCCACAAACGCCGCAACAACAACAGCAGCAACAGCAACAAUUGCAAAGUCCUUUGGGGCAGUUCGCACGUAGCAUGCGGCCUCAAACGCCUUGGCAGACGCAACAGCAAGUGCCACCGCCACAACCUGGUCAAGCACCACAACAACCACAGCAGCAGCCUCAACAGCAGCAAAUCGUGUUGCCACCGGCUGUGAUUGCCGCUGGCCAAAUGCCCGCACAGCAGCCGCAAGGACAACCAAUAGGACUUCCGCCGCAGCAGCAACAGCAACGACAACUCAUACACCUGGACGAGAAAACGCACGCCCACUUCAUGUCCUUGGAUGCGCACAAGCGUGCCGAAUACAUCACCAAACUGAAUCAGGCCAAGCCCAGAGUUAUGCUGCGCCAGCAAGUGGCAUACCAGCCGCGUCCAGGAGCACCCGGGGUGGUCGCCACACGUGCUGCCGGCCCCGGCACCCCACACAUCAUUGUUCAGAGUCAGAUGCCGGGUGGUCUGACGGCCCAGCAACAAAUGCUGUGGUUGCAGCAGCAGGGAACGCGACAGGUGCUGGUUCGUGCAGGCGGUGCCCCCGGCCUUAGUCCCAUUACUCAGCAACAGCAGCAACAACAGCCGGGCGCACCACCACAGCCACAGCAGGCUUUCAAUCCCAAUGAUCCCAGUCAACAGAUGUUGUUGCAGCGCCAACAGCUGCGCGUCCAGCAGAUUCCCAUGCAGCCACCACAAGCCCAGCAACAGCUGCCCCCACAACUACAGAUGGGCGGUGGCGCUGUGGUUGCCCCCAAAUUGCAACAACAAACGGUUCAAGUAAUUACUGGACCGAAUGGCCAAAUUAUCGAGCAGCAGACCAUAGUUCAGCCCGUUACUCCCACUACACCAGGCACCCCAGGAGCUGCUGGUGGUGUCAACAUAAUGACGGCUCUCGCACCCCAAACUGUUGUUAUGGCAGCAACGGGCCCUGAUGGACAGCCACAGACACCGCAACCGAUGAAUCCGAAGACCAAAACCGCUCUGGCCAACAUGUUGAGUAACCGUUUGGGCAAUAAUGGCGGCCAAAUGCAACAACAGCAACAAUUUGUGGGCGAUCCACAGCAGCAGCAACAACAGCCGCCGAUGCAACAGCAAAUUGUGCAACAAGUGGUUGUUGCGCCACCGCAACAACAACAACCCCAGCAACAGCAGCCUGUGGAUCCGCCUUCGGCCGCAGGCGCACUGCGCCUAAUGGGCCAGCAACACAAUGCCGCUCUGCAGCCACCACAGGUGAUGACUGGACCACCACGAACCCAGCAGGAGUUGCUGAUGUUGCAACAGCAGCAACAACAACAACAGCAGCAUCAGCAGCAGCAAUUGUUGCAACAACAACAACAGCAGCAGCAGCAGAUUCGGCGCGUAGUCAAUGUGGCACAACAACAGCAGCUGGGCGCACCACAUCUGGUGCAACAGCAAAUUGUGGUGGCACCACCACAGACACCUCAGCAUCCGCAUGCCGUCCAUCAUGCGCCGCAACAGCCGCCGCCGCCUCAGCAAUUGACCGUGGCCGGUCCACCGGGCAUGCCUGCUCACGCCUACAUGCAAGCUCGCACGGGUCAGCCACUGCCGAUGCCACCCCGACCUCAGUUCUAUGGCCAUAAUCCCAAUCUAAAGCUGCCCGGCGAUUUCUUCCUGGUCGGCUGCACUUUUUAUAUCGUCGAGUACGAUGAGACGGACGGCGAUGAGUUGCCCAUUUGGCUGGACACUAUUCGCCAAUUUGGCGGCGAUAUUGAACGUGUCUAUUGCCCGCGUGUCACGCACGUUAUCUGUCGCACGCAGCGCCACGGCGUCGUUAUGCAGGCCCUGCGCGACGCCAAACGCUGUGUGACGGCCUACUGGCUAAGUGACAUUUGUCUGAAGCGUCAACUAAUGCCGCCAUGGCAGCCCCUACAUUUGCCCUUCCCCAGCCAGUUUGGAUAUCGCAAGCCGCUGGAACGAUACAUCAUCACCUCGGAGGGCUUCGAGGGUGAAGAGGUAAUACGGCUGCAGCAGAUGGCUGAGGAGUGUGGCGCCAUUUACACCUCAUACCUGUCCAGAGUCAAUACGCUGGUCGUUUGCAAGAAGCUCGAGGGGAACAAGUUCAAUGCGGCCAAGGAAUGGAACAUAACGAUGGUCAAUGCCCUCUGGCUGAGCGAUGUUUGCAUCGGCAAUCUAAGCGGGCUUACCCAGUACGACAAUCAAAAGUAUCAGCAAUACAAUAUGCCAUCGCCAUUCCGCAUCGACUACGGUCUGGUGCCGCACUUGUUGGCUGCCUGGAAGGCACCCAUAAACCUCACACAGGAAGCGCAUGAGCGUGUCAAACGUCACCUUGCGGAUCCAUUCAAUGAUCAGAAGCUGAAACGCCAAAAACUUGCGCUAUAUCCGGAGGAAUUGCCCGAACAAAUUGUAUGCAUUGAGUAUCCGCAAACGACGAAGCCACCGAAAGUAAUUUUCUCGCAGGUCGCCGAUGCGGAGUCGCUGAAGAAGGCAGUUGUACUACUUGGCGGCAUUGUUGUGGACAGUCCCACGGAAGCUACACAUCUGGUGAUGACGCGCGAGAGUCGCACGUGCAAGCUGAUUCAGGCCUGCUGCCAUGUUGAUUACGUACUUAAGUCCAAUUGGCUCAUCGAUAGCGCCAAGGCGGGCAAGUUUGUGCAGACAGAUGCGUAUCGCAUCAAUCACAUUCCAGUCGACGAGAAUCUGCAAUUCGACCUGGACACUGUGCUGAACGCUCCCACUCGCUCCUCCCUCUUUGCCGGCAAGUGCUUUUUUGUGACGCCCGAUGUGUUUCCCGCUCGCGACGAGAUCGUACGCAUGAUAGAGUCCUCUGGCGGCAAGGUGGAGGCAAGGCGACGCUCUGGAGCUUCUGUCGCCGAGGCGCAUGCUCAGUCGCCAGACUCCUAUUUCAUUGUCACGUGUCCGAACGAUAUGCAUCUGUGCGCUGAUCUCACGCGGCACGGUAACCCCAAAUGCCACAUUGUUUCCACGGAGUUUGUGAUGAGCUCCAUUCUCAGGCAGCAGCUGGAAAUCGAACCAAACCUCAUACCCUAUUUGUACAACAAUAACAUUAGCAACAGCUGCAAUAACAACAACAAGUCCUAGCGUCAAGUGUUAACUAACAUAUUAAUCUAAUCGUUAGCUCUUUGGCAAGUGGCGGGCUGUGCUUACUACUUAAAUUUAUAUAUAAAUAUACAUACUAUUUAUAGCAAGUAGCGAAUGCAUACAAGAAUUGUUGUAUGCAUUACACAUAAAUAUAUAUAUUUUUGUAAGCCGUUUAAUUUAGUCAUAUCCGAUUGUCAUAGCAUAAUAGUAUACGAAAUG